AUGCGGCCGGAUCGCCUUCGCAGCGUGGCCGCUGCCCAGCGAAACGAGGACGGCAGCAGGCUACAGUAUGGAUCUACUCCAACAAGGUUGUUGCUUUUGCAUAGGCGAUUUCUACUUGCACACUGCUUUACUGUUCAGGCGCACAAUGGGGAUCUUACAGUUAGACCCGCGUGCAAGCCUGGCUUUUCAGAAGACGACUACACAGCGUUCGUCCCCCAGAAUAUCGUGGAAGGACAGAAGUUACUUAAAGUAAAAUUCAAUAGCUGUGCUGGUAACAAGGGAAUUCGGUAUGAAACCAACAGCCUGGACUUCAAGGUGAGAGCAGAUGGGACCAUGUAUGCAGUCCACCAGCUGCAGAUGCCCUCCAAGCAGAUGAUACUCAUAGUGACCGCAUGGGAUCCCCAGACGCUGGACAGAUGGGAGGCAAUUGUCAGGUUCCUGGUGGGAGAGAAAUCGCAGCACAGUGGACACAAGCAAAAAGGAAGGAAGACCGUGCCUGGGGAGGUCACCCAGCAGCAGAGCGACACUCUGCUACCAUGGCGCCAGCACCAGAACGCCAACGGCCUCCGCCGGCAGAAGAGGGACUGGGUCAUCCCGCCAAUCAACGUACCAGAAAACUCAAGAGGGCCCUUUCCACAGCAGCUGGUUCGGAUUCGUUCCGAUAAGGAUAAAGAGAUCCAUAUCAGAUACAGCAUCACCGGCGUGGGGGCCGACCAGCCGCCGAUGGAAGUGUUCAGCAUUGACCCCGUGUCUGGCAGAAUGUAUGUGACCCGUCCCAUGGACCGAGAAGAACGGGCUUCCUACCAUCUCCGAGCUCAUGCCGUGGAUAUGAAUGGGAACAAGGUGGAGAAUCCUAUUGACCUUUACAUCUAUGUGAUUGAUAUGAAUGACAACAGGCCAGAGUUUGUAAACCAGGUCUAUAAUGGAUCUGUUGAUGAAGGCUCUAAACCAGGUACCUAUGUGAUGACAGUGACCGCAAACGAUGCAGAUGAUAGUACUACAGCGAACGGGAUGGUGAGGUACCGAAUUGUGACUCAGACCCCACAAAGCCCAUCGCAGAAUAUGUUUACCAUUAACAGUGAGACAGGAGACAUUGUCACAGUGGCUGCAGGACUUGACAGAGAGAAAGUUCAGCAGUAUAUAGUCAUCGUUCAAGCCACAGAUAUGGAAGGAAAUCUUAACUACGGUCUCUCCAACACGGCAACUGCAAUCAUCACGGUGACGGAUGUGAAUGACAACCCGCCCGAAUUCACUACCAGCACUUAUUCGGGUGAAGUUCCUGAAAACAGAGUGGAAGUUGUCGUAGCAAAUUUGACGGUGAUGGACCGGGACCAGCCUCACUCACCCAACUGGAACGCCAUCUACCGCAUCAUCAGCGGGGACCCCUCCGGCCAUUUCACCAUUCGGACAGACCCCGUCACCAAUGAAGGCAUGGUAACUGUUGUGAAGGCAGUCGAUUAUGAGAUGAACAGAGCUUUCAUGCUGACGGUGAUGGUAUCCAACCAAGCUCCACUGGCGAGUGGAAUCCAGUUGUCCUUCCAGUCUACAGCAGGAGUCACCAUUUCAGUUAUGGAUGUCAACGAAGCACCGUAUUUCCCAACGAACCACAAGUUAAUCAGGCUGGAGGAAGGGGUGCCUAUGGGGACAGUGCUGACGACGUUUUCAGCUGUGGAUCCUGAUCGCUUCAUGCAGCAAGCAGUAAGAUACUCUAAGCUGUCAGAUCCUGCAAACUGGCUGAACAUUAAUGCCACAAAUGGUCAGAUCACUACUGCUGCUGUCCUUGAUCGAGAGUCAGACUACAUUAAGAAUAAUGUCUACGAGGCCACAUUCUUGGCGGCUGACAACGGUAUCCCCCCGGCAAGUGGCACUGGCACUCUGCAGAUCUACCUAAUCGACAUCAACGAUAACGCUCCUGAGCUCCUGCCAAAGGAGGCACAGAUCUGUGAAAAGCCAAACCUAAAUGUCAUCAACAUAACGGCCGCAGAUGCUGACAUUGAUCCAAACGUCGGGCCCUUUGUCUUUGAGCUGCCAAGUGUGCCAUCUGCGGUGAGGAAGAACUGGACCAUAACUCGGCUAAAUGGCGAUUAUGCCCAGCUUAGCUUACGAAUCAUGUACCUGGAAGCUGGCGUGUAUGAUGUCCCGAUCAUCGUGACGGACUCAGGAAACCCCCCCUUGUACAACACGUCUGUAAUUAAAGUGAAGGUGUGCCCCUGUGAUGAGAACGGAGACUGUACCACCAUUGGGGCGGUAGCUGCAGCUGGACUGGGCACGGGUGCCAUCAUAGCCAUCUUGAUAUGCAUCAUUAUUUUACUCAUGGCUCGAGGUGUGCCCUACCUCAGAGACCCACUUGGCGUGGUAAUUGUGGAUUGGUUUGGAGGAAAAGAGCUGCAAAGCACUAUAUCAGUGAUGAAAAGUGUACGCGACACGCGGUUUCUUCCACGUUUGUGUAGCCGAAACGCGCACGCUGACACGGGCAGGCGUUUCUCAAGCCUGGCAGAUGAUUUCAACAUCACUAACCUCUCACAGCAGCCUAAGGUUUGCCGUCAUGAAAGGGGACGAUGUCCCCAAAAGCGGCGUUUGCGUCCCCUCCGCGUGGUUGUUCAGGUCCGGCCGUGGCGCUCGGCCGGCGGCCCUGUCGGCAGGGGGAGAGGGGCGAUGAUCUGCAUGGGAAGCUCUUGGUUUCACCCUGUGCCUUUCCGUUUGUCACAGGAUUAUGAUUUAAGCCAGCUUCAACAGCCGGAGACCAUGGAUCACGUGCUGAACAAGGCACCUGGCGUCAGAAGGGUAGAUGAGAGACCUAUUGGCGCUGAACCACAGUAUCCUAUAAGACCAGUAAUCCCACAUCCUGGGGAUAUUGGUGACUUUAUUAACGAGGGCCUGCGCGCGGCGGACAACGACCCCACGGCCCCCCCCUACGAUUCCCUGCUGGUGUUCGACUACGAGGGCAGCGGCUCCACCGCCCGCUCCGCCAGCUCCCUCACCUCCAGCUCCGGGGACCAGGACUACGACUACCUUAACGACUGGGGCCCCCGCUUCAAGAAACUGGCGGACAUGUACGGGGGAGGCGAGGAAGAUUAAACUGACCUCACGUUAUUUAAAAAAGAAGAAGAAGAAGAAGAAAAACGAUUAAAAAGAAAAAAAACCCACAGAUGACAACAUUAACCGAAAGAGCCGAUGCAGAAGCAGGAACUGUACAGAUGUGGCAGCUUUUUUAAUUAAUAUCCCCUGCUGACUGUAUUGUUAUUUUUAGUGGUGAUUUAGGAGGUUUCUUUUUUUUCCCCCUUUAUUUUUCCUUUUUAAUUUUUUUUUUUUUAGAAUACUGAGCUGUCUCGCAUGAACACUUGUCUCUGCUGCGUUAUGGUUUUUUUUUUCCUUUCUUUCUUUCUUUUUAAUGUCAGCUGGGAUAUUGCUCGUUUAUCUGCUUUAUGACUAAAGAGAGUGAAAGGCACUCUGUCUUAACUUGAAUUUCUUAGAACAGAAGCACUGUUGUUA